GCGUUUCUGCGCAUGCCCCGUGAGUUCAAUCGGAAGCACGGAUUGAAAAACAGCGGGCUGAAACAGGGUGGUCAAACUAAAACAUACUUAAAGAUACAUAGGAAUCGAAGACGGAAUUGUUUUCCGUCCGGACAAAAUUAUCAAUUGUUGAUUUUCAACUUCAUUCGUCUCCAGCGCACACCAAGAAAUGGCGGACAAAGAAGUGUACGACGAUGCCGUGGAGGAGCGAGUUAUAAACGAGGAAUACAAAAUAUGGAAGAAGAACACGCCUUUUCUGUACGACCUAGUGAUGACACACGCGUUGGAAUGGCCUAGCCUCACCGUGCAAUGGCUUCCUGACGUCAGCCGGCCAGAAGGGAAAGACUACGCUAUCCACCGACUAGUGUUGGGCACCCACACAUCUGACGAGCAGAACCACCUGGUCAUCGCGAGCGUCCAGAUCCCGAACGAUGACGCACAGUUUGACGCCUCCCACUACGACAGCGAGAAAGGAGCAGAAUUUGGUGGAUUUGGCUCUGUGAGCGGAAAGAUCGAAAUCGAGAUCAAGAUCAACCACGAGGGAGAAGUGAACCGGGCCCGCUACAUGCCCCAGAACCCCUGCAUCAUCGCCACCAAGACGCCCACCUCCGACGUGCUGGUGUUCGACUACACCAAGCACCCCUCCAAGCCAGAUCCCAGUGGCGAGUGCAGCCCAGAUCUGCGGCUGCGGGGGCACCAGAAGGAGGGGUACGGCCUGUCCUGGAACCCCAACCUGAGCGGGAACCUCCUCAGCGCCUCUGACGACCAUACAAUCUGUUUGUGGGACAUUAGCGGAGGACCGAAGGAGGGCAAGAUUGUGGACGCGAAGACGAUCUUCACUGGGCACACGGCCGUGGUGGAGGACGUGUCGUGGCACCUGCUCCACGAGUCGCUCUUUGGUUCCGUGGCCGACGACCAGAAGCUGAUGAUAUGGGACACUCGCUCGAACAACACCUCCAAGCCCAGCCAUUCGGUGGAUGCUCACACCGCUGAGGUCAACUGCCUGUCCUUCAACCCCUACAGCGAGUUCAUCCUGGCCACUGGCUCUGCAGACAAGACGGUGGCUCUCUGGGAUCUGCGUAACCUCAAGCUGAAGCUACACUCCUUCGAGUCGCACAAGGACGAAAUCUUCCAACAGGUGCAAUGGUCCCCUCACAAUGAAACCAUCCUGGCUUCAAGUGGAACAGACAGACGGCUCAACGUGUGGGAUUUAAGUAAAAUUGGAGAGGAGCAGUCGGCUGAGGAUGCAGAGGAUGGACCUCCUGAGCUCCUGUUCAUCCACGGUGGGCACACAGCAAAGAUCUCAGACUUCUCCUGGAACCCCAAUGAACCCUGGGUAAUCUGCUCUGUGUCUGAGGACAACAUCAUGCAGGUUUGGCAGAUGGCGGAGAAUAUCUACAACGAUGAGGAGCCAGACACCCCGGCCUCCGAGCUGGAGGGCCAGGGUUCGUAAACCCCCCCCUCCCUCAAAUCCAAAUCGCAACCCUGCAGGGCUGAAGGGUCUGUGUAGGGGUUGGGGUAACUUACCCCUCACCUCCCAGGCCCCCUGUGGCUGUUCUGGCCAGUCUUUACCUGAAUAGAUACAGCAGCUCGGAUGCUGUCUGAAGGGCCAAUGCUGGACUAACUCAUGGCCAAGUUUCACCUUUAACUUUUUUGUUUUCCUUCUUUUUUUUUUGGUGACGUACAUUGUGACAUUUCUGUAAGCUGGUCUCAAAAUGAACAGUAUUUAUCCAUCUUUCUUUAAAAAAGAUACUUUGUUAAACACAGGUGGCAACUUGUAACAUUAUUUAAUGACCUCGGUAUUGCGAGCUGCAGUUAUUUUAAUUCCAUCUUAAUUUUGGCCGCCACAUCAGAAGAGCACAUAGCAUAAUUACCUUCUCCCUCCAGUGUAAUUACACAUUACACAUGUGCAAAACAUGGUAUAAAAAUGCAAUAAAAUCUUUCGUAUCAACUUAA